AUGAUGGGAAAAUGGGAAGCAAAACUGAAGCAAAUUGAAGAACGAGCUUCUUGCUAUGAGAGGAAACCAUUGUCCUCCGUGUAUAGACCAAGAUUGUCCAAGCCAGAAGACCCACCCUCCAUAUGGAAGCUAUUUCAUCGACAAAGUCAAGCUUUUAAUUUUGUUAAAAGCUGUAAAGAGAAUGUUCACGUAUUUGCUUUGGAAUACAAAGUUGGUGAUGGACAGCGUAUUUACCUUGUAACAACCUAUGCUCAACUUUGGUUUUAUUAUAAAACUCGGAAAAAUCUCUUGCAUUGCUAUGAAGUCAUUCCUGAAAAUGCUGUGUGCAAACUUUAUUUUGAUUUGGAAUUCAACAAAUAUGCCAAUCCUGAAGUUGAUGGGAAAAAGAUGGUUGCAUUACUCAUAGAGCAUGUUUGUAAAGCACUUCAAGAACUAUACAGUGUCAGUUGUUCUGCUGAAGAUGUUUUCAACCUGGAUUCUAGCACCGAUGAAAAAUUUAGCCACCACUUAAUAUUUCAACUCCAUGAUGUGGCAUUUAAAGAUAACAUUCAUGCUGGUAAUUUUGUGAGAAAAAUUUUGCAGCCUGCUCUUCAUUUAAUUUCCAGUGAAGAUGAUGACAAGGUUCUAAAUCCAGAGGGUCAUGAAUUUUUCCAUUUUCCUGCAACACCAUUGAAACAAAGAACUUCCUUUAACCAAAUGUCCCCAGAUAAGGAUAUAGCAAAGAGCUGGAUUUUGAAUUCAGAGAUGCCAGAGAGACUAGAGUUGGCUGAGCAAAGCAAUCCUGAUCUUUCAUUUUUAGUUGUGAAGAAUAACAUGGGAGAAAAGCAUCUUUUUGUGGAUCUAGUAGAAACCAUUGAAGGCUUUCAGUGUUCACCCUAUCCUGAAGUUGAUCGUUUUGUUCUUUCUUUGGUGACUACAAAUGACAUUAAAGGAGGAAUUCGGCGUUGGAACUACUUUUUCCCAGAAGAAUUACUGGUUUAUGAUAUUUGUAAAUAUCGAUGGUGUCAAAACAUUGGGAGAGCACACAAGAGUAAUAAUAUCAUGAUUCUUGUUGAUCUGAAACAUGAAGUUUGGUAUCAAAAAUGUCAUGAUCCUGUUUGUAAAGCCGAAAACUUCAAGUCUGACUGUUUUCCAUUACCUGCUGAAGUAAGUCUCCUGUUUCUUUUCAAAGAGGAAGAAGAGUUUACAGCAGAUGAAACUCGCAACAGUGAAGUCAAGAGUACAGGUGCCUCUUCUGAGCCUAACUGGGAUAACAGCAUUGAUGACACAUACUUCUUGGAAGCCACUGAGGAUGCUGAAUUAGCUGAAGUAGCAGAGAACCAUCUUCUCAGUUACAGCAGUGCAGGGAAUGAAAUUCCUGAUGAACUCAUUAUAGAAGUACUGCGAGAGUAGCUCAGUAUCGACAGCACUUUA